CUGGUUCCAAUUCCCUUCCUUCCCCUCCUUCCCUGCCACCACCUUCUCUCUCUCUCCCUCUCUCCAUUGUCGCUCCACUAUGAAUUAUGGUGCUUCAUUCAUGUCCUCCUUGACCGCGUUUGCACCACGAAUAGUGUCAAUUAUGUCCUCUCUUGUUCCACUUCCACCCCAUUAAUCACCCUGACCAACCACCUUUCCACUUUGACACAUCAUGGGUCUGCUUCAAGCCAACCCCAAACCCUUCCUUCUCGCUCCUCGCCGCCUCCCAAUUCGCUCCUCAACCCACCCGACUUCAUUUAGCAAUCGUCAAAAGCUCAAUCUCAAUCUCCACCCGCCAAUCCAACACAAUGCGCUUCGCAAGUUCGCAGUCCCGAACAGUCUCCCCGGCAAAAACAGAACGUCCCGCCUCAAUGCUGCCGCCGGGUUCGUCGGCGCCUCCGAGCCGGAGGCCACGAGCGGGGGGAGGAUUCUGCUGUCGGACGUGGUGGUGAAGAGGAAAAGGCGAGUCUUUUCGGGGAGGAAGUGGAGUUCCCUGGACAUCGGGACUGCAGGCGUCGUUUUGGCAAUGCAUCUGCUCAGCUUGUUAGCGCCGUUUUACUUCUCUUGGAGCGCCCUCUGGGUCGCCGUUUCCUUGUACGUGGUCACUGGUCUGUUCGGCAUUACGCUGUCGUUUCACAGGAACCUCUCCCACAGGAGCUUCAAGCUGAGCAAGUGGCUGGAGUACUUGUUUGCAUACUGUGGUACUUUGGCUCUUCAGGGGAAUCCAAUCGAUUGGGUGAGCACACACAGGUACCAUCACCAGUACUGUGAUUCGGAGAGAGACCCUCAUAGUCCCCUCGAAGGCUUUUGGUUCAGCCACACGAGUUGGCUCUUUGAUACCGACUCUAUUGUUCAAAGGUGUGGAGGACCAAACAACGUGGGGGAUUUGCAGAAGCAGCCAUUUUACAGGUUCCUGCAGAGCACCUACAUUGCACACCCAAUUGCGCUUGCCGUUCUGCUCUACGCAUUGGGAGGAGUUCCCUUCCUUGUGUGGGGAAUGGGUGUGAGGAUCGUGUGGGUUUAUCACAUCACAUGGCUUGUGAAUUCAGCUUGCCAUGUUUGGGGAAAGCAAGCAUGGAACACUGGGGACUUAUCAAGGAACAAUUGGUGGGUGGCAGUUCUUGCAUUUGGUGAGGGUUGGCACAACAAUCACCAUGCAUUCGAGUACUCGGCAAGGCAUGGGCUAGAGUGGUGGCAGCUUGACAUGACAUGGUAUGUGGUGAGGCUCCUUCAAGUUCUUGGUUUGGCCACUGAUGUGAAGUUGCCCAACGAAGCUCAGAAGCAGCGCUUGGCAUUGAACAUGGGCACCGCCAGUUAAAUCUGGACUGUCUAGUCGAAGGCCAUAUUUCAGCACUUCUGAGAUGGACUGCCUCGAAUUUGUUAUUAACCUCCUUUUAAAAGCUUUCGCAAGCAGAAAAUGCCACUGAUUUUUUACCAAAUGUAACUUAUUUACAUUACACCAGAUGUAAUUUGAAUGAGAAGGGAAACUCGAUGAUGUGAACUUCCACCAUGUACUCAAGUAUGAGCUUUGCAUUUAUUGAUGAAUACCCCCGCUUGAACUUUUUCAAUUA